GCCCCGGCCCCGGCCCUGGCCCUGGCCCGAUGCAUCCCAGAAUGAAUGAAAUGAACCUAAGUCCUGUGGGGAUGGACCAGCUGACCUCAUCCUCUGUGAGCAAUGCCCUGCCUGUCUCAGGAAGUCACUUGGGACUGGCUGCAUCACCUACUCACAAUGCCAUACCAGCACCAGGCUUGCCUGUUGCAAUUCCAAACCUGGGCCCCUCCUUGAGUUCUUUGCCCUCUGCCCUAUCUCUGAUGCUCCCAAUGGGUAUUGGGGAUCGAGGAGUGAUGUGUGGUAUACCAGAGAGAAACUACACCCUACCUCCACCACCGUACCCUCACCUGGAGAGCAGCUACUUCAGACACAUUCUACCUGGUAUCUUAUCUUACUUAGCUGACAGACCUCCACCUCAGUACAUCCACCCCAACACUAUAAAUGUUGAUAGCAAUCCAGCAUUAUCUGUCUCCAAUAAUCCUUCAGCCCUAGAUCCCUACCAGUCCACUGGAACUGUGGGGCUUGAACCUGGGAUUGUCUCCAUGGACUCCCGCACAGUGAACACACAUGGUGUUCAAAGCCUACAUCCUAGUGACAGCCACGAGGUAGCAUUGGAUACUACAAUAACCAUGGAGAGCGUUUCAAGGGUAACCAGCCCAAUCUCUACUGAUGGCAUGGCUGAGGAGCUGACAAUGGAUGAUGUAGCUGGGGAUCAUUCUCAAAUCCCAAAUGGCUCCAGGAAUCAUGAAGCAUUAACUGUAGACACAGUGGGUAACAACCUGGCUUCAGAUGCAGUAGGACAUAGUGGUGUCAUACCAAUGCAUGGUAGCACUUUGGAGCUUCCUGUUGUCAUGGAGCCUGACCACAUUGCCGGACGGGUAAGCGCAAUAUCAGACAGCACACUAAGUGACUCUAUUCAUACCGUGGCCAUGAGCACCAACUCUGUGAGCGUGGCACUCUCUACCUCACACAACCUAGCUUCCCUGGACUCUGUCUCCUUGCAUGAAGUGGGCCUCAGUCUCGAGCCCGUGGCAGUGUCUUCCAUAAACCAGGAAGUAGCCAUGGGACCAAGCCAUGUGGAUGUGUCUUCAGACAAUCUCGCCUUUGUACCAUCAUCGCUGCAAAUGGAAGACUCCAAUUCAAACAAAGAGAAUAUGGCUACCUUGUUUACCAUAUGGUGCACACUGUGUGACAAGGCGUACCCAUCAGACUGCCCAGAUCAUGGUCCUGUUACCUUUGUUCCUGACACCCCAAUAGAGAGCCGAGCAAGGCUUUCCCUCCCAAAACAGCUCGUUCUACGGCAGUCUAUCAUGGGAGCUGAAGUUGGUGUGUGGACUCGAGAAACCAUUCCCGUGAGGACUUGCUUUGGACCACUGAUUGGGCAGCAAAGUCAUUCUAUGGAAGUAGCAGAUUGGACAGAUAAGGCAACCAAUCAUAUAUGGAAGAUGUACCACAAUGGCGUCCUGGAGUUCUGUGUCAUUACAACUGAUGAAAAUGAAUGUAACUGGAUGAUGUUUGUACGUAAAGCCAGAAACCGGGAAGAGCAGAAUCUGGUAGCUUAUCCACAUGAUGGAAAAAUCUAUUUUUGCACAUCACGGGACAUCCCUCCUGAACAUGAGCUGCUUUUUUAUUACAGCCGGGAUUAUGCUCGACAGAUUGGUGUCCCUGAACAUCCAGACGUGCAUGUGUGUCACUGUGGAAAGGAAUGCACUUCCUACACAGAGUUCAAGACCCAUUUGAGCAGCCACAUCCAUAACCACCUCUCCAGCCAGGGACACAGCAGCAGUCAUGGGACAAGCCACAGUAAGGAAAGGAAGUGGAAGUGUUCCAUGUGCCCCCAAGCUUUCAUCUCCCCUUCCAAACUUCAUGUCCAUUUCAUGGGACACAUGGGCAUGAAGCCACACAAAUGUGAUUUCUGUAGCAAAGCUUUCAGUGAUCCUAGCAACCUCCGGACUCACCUCAAGAUACACACAGGCCAGAAGAAUUAUCGCUGUGCUCUCUGUGACAAAUCCUUCACUCAGAAGGCUCAUCUGGAGUCCCACAUGGUCAUCCACACUGGAGAGAAAAACCUCAAGUGUGAUUACUGUGACAAGCUGUUCAUGCGGAGGCAGGACCUCAAGCAGCAUGUGCUCACCCACACGCAAGAACGGCAAAUCAAGUGUCCUAAAUGCGACAAGCUGUUCCUGAGGACAAAUCACUUGAAGAAGCAUCUCAACUCACAUGAAGGAAAGAGGGACUAUGUCUGUGAAAAGUGCUCCAAGGCUUACCUAACCAAAUAUCACCUCACUCGCCACCUAAAAAUCUGUAAAGGUCCCACAUCCAGUCUCUCUGCCCCAGAGGAGGAGGAAGAGGAGGAUUCAGAGGAAGAAGAACUAAUAGACUCUGUGAGGACUGAAGACUGUAGGAUUAACCGCGGAGUGUAUUCAACAAAUGACUCGCUUUCUGGACACAAGUGAGGAAAGGGAGGGAAAACUGCUUGGAUGUAAAAUUUUGGGAGGAAAAGUUACUCCCCUCUCCCCAACUACCAAGUUAGCAAAUGAAUCUAUUUCCCUGAUAUAUUAAUCUCUGUGGCCAAAACAUUGAACUCUGAUUGAGAAUAGACGGUAUGCUUAUCUGUUGAGAGUGGAUGGUACGCCUAUCUAUUGACAAUGAACCAUUUCUACUAUGGAAAUCUGCUUCAAGAUCCUAAACAUACACAGUGUGCACUCUGA